AUGUUGGCCGAAAUCUUGUGUUUUGAAGAUGAAGUCCCUGCGAAACUCACUGGACAAGUAAUAAUCUGCUCCAUCAUAGCCGCCUUUGCUGGUCUAAUGUUCGGCUAUGAUAUUGGAAUUUCCGGUGGAGUGACUUCGAUGAACGAAUUUGUGGAGAAAUUCUUCCCUGAUGUGUACGCGAAGAAACACAGGAUUGAAGAAGAUAAUUAUUGUAAAUAUGACGAUCAGAUGCUUCAGCUUUUCACAUCUUCGGUGUAUCUCGCUGCCGUGAUUGGCAGUUUCUUCGCCUCCCAUUGUUGCAAGCGUUACGGCAGGAAACUAACCAUUCAACUCAGUUGUGUGUUUUUUAUUAUUAGUCUUGUCCUCAAGACCACAGCGGUUAAUCUUGUUAUGCUCAUCUCGGGACGCUUCUUUGUUGGUUUUGGUGUGGGAUUUGGCAACCAAGCAGUGCCGUUGUUUAUAUCUGAGAUUGCUCCGGCAAACAGGAGAGGAUUUCUGAAUGUUUUGUUUCAAUUCUUGAUCACAAUAGGCAGUUCGCUUGCCAAUAUUGUCAACCUUUUAUCUUCCAAAUAUGUAGGCUCCAAUAGUUGGAGGGUCUCUUUCGGUAUAGCUGCAAUUCCUGCUAUUUUUCUUGGAUUGGGCUCACUGAUGGUCGUCGAUACUCCUACUAGUCUCAUCCAACGUGGGAAAAAUGAGGAGGGUUUAAAAGCUCUGAAGAAGAUUAGGGGCGUGGAGAACGUUGAGAAAGAGUAUGAGGACAUUUUACACUGCACUGAAAUGGCUAAAAGGGUAAAGACUCCAUUUAGGAACCUGCUAAUGAAGCGUUCUAGCUGGCCUCAACUUUUCUGCGGCACAAUUCUUCAGAUAUUUCUGGAGUUGACUGGCAUUAACGUUAUCAUGUUCUACGCGCCUGUAUUGUUCCAAACAAUGGGGUUAGGGGCAAAUGCGUCUUUGUUGUCUACUGUCAUCAUUGGGGUUGUUAAUUCAGUUUCCACGGUUGUGGCAAUCUUCGGGGCUGAUUAUUUUGGGAGACGAGCGUUACUGAUUCAAGGUGCCCUCCAAAUGCUUGUAGCCCAGGGUGUGGUAGGGGGAAUUCUCGCAGUAUAUCUGAAAGCAACAAAUACCAUACCGAAGUUUGCAGCAGUGAUUGUGGUGGCGCUGAGUUGUGUGUUUGUGAUGGGUUUCGCUUGGUCUUGGGGUCCGUUGGGGUGGCUAAUUGCCAGUGAAAUAUAUCCGCUGGGGACCAGAACAGCUGGUUUUUUUAUUGCCGUUAGUGCCAAUAUGAUAUUUACUUUUAUUGUGGCGCAGGCCUUCCUUACUAUGCUUUGCACCAUGAAAUCCGGCAUCUUCUUCAUGUUUGCUUCCUUCGUUUUCGUUAUGGGGUUGUUUGUUGUGUUCUUGCUGCCUGAAACCAAGGGGAUUCCCAUUGAUGAGAUGAAGGAAAGGGUCUAGAAGAAACAUUGGUUGUGGAAGAGAUGUUUUGAUGAAAAAGAGGAUGCAUUAUGCUCGGCUAAUUAAGUGCCAUAUAAUAUAAUGGGAGAUAACCAUAUAUCACAU